AUGGAAAUAAAGUCAUGGGUAUAUCUGUCUGAUGCGCAUUUCUAUCGCAGCUAUCAACCCGGUGGCUCAUCUGGAUAUAAGCCAGACAGCGGCAAGGAUCCCCUAUCCAAUGCCGAUGACUGUCUGCGAGAUGCCAUUCUUCUCCAACGUCUUGGUGUUAAUACCAUCCGCAUCUACAACCUUAACCCUACCUUGAACCAUGAUGAAUGUGUCUCCAUUUUCAAUGCAGCUGGUAUCUACCUAUUGCUUGAUGUCAGCACUCCAGAGUAUGGAGAGUACUUGAACCGUGCUGAACCAGCCUCUUCGUACAACAAGCAAUUCUUGGCUCGUCUCUUCUCCAUGGUUGAGGCAUUCAAGGAUUAUCCCAACCUUCUCGGCUUCUUUGGCGGUAACGAGAUCAUCAACGAAGAUGCUGCAAAGAAUGUUCCUGCGUACAUUCGAGCUAUCCAGCGUGACCUCAAGGACUACAUCGCUGCCCAUGCUAGCCGCGCAAUUCCUGUCGGCUACUCCGCUGCUGACGUCCGUGAUAUACUAAAGGACACCUGGAACUACGUUACCUGCCACUCUACCCUAACCCCUUCUUCCAAUGCUGAUUUCUUCGGUAUUAACUCUUACUCCUGGUGCGGCGACUCUAGUUACACCGAGAGUGGAUAUGACAAACUGGUAGAACUCUUCUCAAAGACAUCUGUCCCCGUUUUCUUCUCAGAGUAUGGCUGCAAUGAGGUGAAACCACGUAUAUUCACUGAAGUUCAGGCUGUAUACGGUCCAGAAAUGACCAAGGCCAUGUGUGGCGGCUUGAUCUAUGAGUAUUCCCAGGAAGCCAACGAGUACGGCUUAGUUUAUCUUGGUGGAAAAGACAAUACCACCCUCCUUGUUGAUUACGAGAACUUAGCUGGCCAGUUCAGCAAACUGGACAUUAAGAAACUCCAGUCCCUCGACCCAAGCACUACCACUAUCAAGCCACCAAGCUGCAAGCCCGGCUUAAUCACUACCAAAGGCUUCCACAAGAUGUUCACCCUUCCAAUGAGACCACCUGGUGUUCAGGACAUGAUCAAGAAUGGCAUCAAGAACCCUCCGAAGGGUAAGAUCGUCGAAGUCAAGAAGACCAAGGCUGAAGGCAAAAUUUUCAACAAGGAGGGAAAGCUCCUCAAAAAUCUGGAGCUCAAGGUUCUCAAGAAUGACCAAGCUAACGUUCCUGGAGAGAACACAUCUGGCACUCCUACCGGAAAUGGCAAAUCCUCAGACGGCUCCAAGGAAGAGUCUGGUGCAGGAAUGAAUAUGUUCAAUUCUCAUUUCGCCUACGUCCUUGCUGGUAUUGUUGCACUAGGACAGCUAAUUGCAUGA